GCAUUUCGGAGUGGUUCGGUUGUCUCGGUGAAAAUUUAAAAAUAAUUCUGGCUGAAGAGUGUUUAAAGUCUGUGGAUAUGUGAAUUUAGGAAAAGACCAAAGAAGAGCACGAUGACAACCUGUCGGGCGUGUGCGGAGACUGUCGGCGGUGAAUCUGAUGCGGACGAGUUGAUUCCGAUUUUCUCCAAGAUGCAGGAUGAGUUCAUUGCUAAUCUCAUCGUGGAAUGCAGUGGCGUCGAGAUAGUCGAAGACGAUGGUCUUCCAUCGCAAAUCUGCCGUCCAUGCCUGAGCAGUCUCCAGCAGACGACCAUCUUCAUUCAGGUGGUACGCUCUGCGGACCGAAAGCUCCGAAAGGGUCUUGAAGGAGAGUUUGGCAAGGAAGAAAACAAGGACUCUGACAAUGAUACAAGUCAAAACAGACUACCAUGGCAAACCGUUCCGAUUCAGCUGGAUGGUAUUAAGAACGAGGAUGUUGAAGAUCAGGGGACGAAAAGUGAACUUGACAUUGAUUGGGCAACCGGAAGGAGCAGUUCCCCGAUUGUUUUGGAUGAACAAACUGAGGAAAGGAAUGACGAUCACUCUGAUAAGGAAGUUAACUCUGAAUCAGAAAUGACUCGAAAGCAAACACGAAGGAAAAGGAGAUCAAAGAUCGUUGAAGAUGCAACCGAUUCCGAUUCGGACGAUCGCCUACGAAAAAAACGAAAACGUCAGACUCGCCCCCGAACGCUUGAAUACGAUAUUGGAAAGGGUGACGAGUCCGAAGGCGAAUCCAUUCCGGAGGCUCGUCUUCGAGAAUUGUACAAAACGGUCCAAGUGGAUGCCAACACUUUCGUGUGCUGCGCUUGUUUGAAAAUUUUCACCAACCGUUCGGAGUUGAUCGAGCAUGGUCAAUCUUCCCACACCAAAAAGAAGUACAUCAACGAAUCGAAAACCAACAUCUGUGACGUUUGUUUUCGACGGUAUUCAAAGCCGGGUCCGCUGGAAGCUCACAAGCAGAGUUUCGUCGGACUGGACGUGGUAUAUGAGUGUUUCCGUUGUCUGACAAGAGUGAUCGCACAAAACCGACACCAGCACGCUCGAACCCACCUGAAGCAUAUGGAACCGGCAAGAGACGACGAUAAGUCCAAACGGGAACAACGCUGCUGUGCCAAGGAUUGCACCGUUACUUGUUCCUCCGAGGAGCUUCUGAUCACUCACGGAAAGGGCACCCACAUCGGGAACAAAGUCGACACGGACGAUCCACAGCGGCGGUUCGAAUGUCCGGUCUGCUACAAACGAUUCGAAAAACGGGAAGCUCUUACCAGGCAUCGGCAUCGGAUGUAUCGUGCCACCCAUCAGUGUGCGGUUUGCGGGAAGGAGUUUAAGAAUCGCUACGAAAUGUUGGUUCACGAGCGGAAUCAUGAGAAUCGGAAACCGUAUUCAUGCGAGAUUUGCGGCAAGCGGUUCAACUCGAAGGAAGCCGUGCGGGUUCACAUGUUGGUUCAUUCGGAUAGUAAACCUUUUUCAUGUACGGUCUGUGGAUGGAGGUUUCGGCGGAAGUGCAAUCUGAACAAGCACGCCUCCAAGCAUCGGGAGGAUACACCGUUUGAAUGUAGCGUUUGUCAGAAGACUUUCAAGGGAAAAUAUCACCUACAAUAUCACUUACGGACUCAUACCGGUCAUAAGCCUUGGAAGUGUCGCUAUUGUGACAAAUCCUUCGCAGAUCAUGCCAACAGAGCGAGGCAUGAGACGUCUCAUACCGGAAUCAAGCCAUACAAAUGUUCCUUUUGUGAUAAGACCUUCAUCCGCCGUCGGUUCCAAAUCGAACAUGAAAGCACUCAUACAGGAAUCAAACCGUAUCGUUGUGAAAUGUGCAAUCGUACCUUCAGUCAGAAAACGUCACUCAAGAAGCAUCUGGAAAUGCACCCAUUGGCACCAGAGAAUCAAAUUUCCCUAGCCCAACCGUCUCCUAUGCCGGUAGAUUCACCCAUGUCACCACCACCACCAGCUCCGUCAUUGAUGCCACCUCCCUCGACGGCCGUAUCAUCUACAAUGAUGCAUCAACAACAGCAGCAGCAGCAGCAUCCAAACGCAGUCGCCAUGAUGGCAGCAGCUGUGGCCGCUGCCGCGAGUAUGGCUCCCAUAGCCGGGCAGUCCUAUCAGCAGAUUUAGGUAAUUCUAGUCGAACAAAAGAUCGAUAAUCUUUAAAAAAGAACUAU